GCCGGUGGAAAUAGCACUUUAUGGGAUAUCUAUACUUAUUCUGACAUUAUGGACAGUGUUAUGGUUAAUUCACAUAUUAGCCAUGAUAUACGGAAAAUGGCGGUUAUACCAACCUAUCCAACCGCUGUCACCUGAAGAAGGCCUGCCUGCCGUAUCUAUAAUAAAACCGUUGACAGGAGUAGAUCCAAAUUUAUAUCACAAUUUAGAAACAUUUUUCACAAUGAAAUAUCCUGUGUUUGAACUUUUAUUUUGCGUUUAUGAUGAAAUAGACCCUGUCAUAAUGGUGGUCCAAAGUCUCAUGUCAAAAUAUCCUAAAAUACCAGCUAAAUUAUUGAUAGGGGGUAAAAACGUGGGGAUGAAUCCAAAAGUCAACAAUAUGGUGCAAGGAUAUGAUGUAGCUCAACACGGUUUAAUUUUGAUAUCAGAUAGUGGUAUAAGAAUGAAAGAAGAUACUCUUUUAGACAUGGUGACUACCAUGUUGACCAAAGAGAACUGUGGCAUGGUUCACCAGAUGCCAUACGUGUGUCAGAGAGAGGGAUUUUCAAGUGUACUUGAAGCGGUGUACUUUGGGACGCAGCACGCCAAGAUGUACCUUACAGCCAACAUGGUGGGCAUCAACUGCACCACUGGCAUGUCAUGUGUCUUCCGUAAAGACAUCAUUGACGAGGCGGGCGGGCUGGCACACUUUGGACAGUACCUGGCUGAAGACUACUUCCUUGCCAAAGCAUUUUUAGAUAGAGGUUACUGUACUAGAAUAAGCUCACAGUUAGCCUGGCAAAAUCAUGGGAACUAUUCAGUUGCAGCCUUCCAAGCAAGAAUGGUCAGGUGGACCAAGUUGCGUACAGCAAUGCUUCCCCACACUAUCAUCCUUGAGCCUCUGUCCGAGUGCCUGUGGCUAGGGACCCUCAGCUCCCUGGUCGUGACUUACCUCCUUGGAUGGAAUGGUAUCGUCUUCUUCCUCACACACUGCUUAUGUUGGUUCAUUCUAGACUACAUCCUACUAAAAGUUAUCAAUAAUGGGCCACUACCAUUUAGUAAAUUUGAUUUCCUUGUGGCAUGGUUGUUCCGGGAGAUAGCCUCUCCGUACCUACUCAUCAAAUCACAAAUCAGCAACAAGAUACAUUGGCGGCACCGAUCGUAUGUUGUGCGGUGGGGCGGCUACCUCGAGGAACUACACGAGAAAGCAAGAGUGUAAGAUCUGAAACCAGGAGAAUUGACAUUUCCGCUGUUAUUUUUGUAUCGUUGAGCGAUCUGUAUCAUAUUGUCAUCAUUAUUUAUUAUCAUUUCGUACCAGUUCCUUGCAAGAGGAAAUGUUUAAUGGGUUUCCUCUGAUAAUUGUAAACACGGCGAAAUUUAGAGUCACUUAUAGACAGCUACAAACACAACUAUGGUGAGCCCUUAAAUGUUUUAGAUCAAUUGGAAAUUUCAAAAAGCUAAUAAUGCCAUCGUUUUGCCUUGAUGAUUGUACAUGUAAUUAGCAAAGUUUGAGUUAUUUUGGAGACAGUUUCAACAUGUCUUGGGUCUUGCUAUAGCCUGAUAUCAAAUAUGCCCAGCUGAAGAAGCUGAUAGUGGGUGAUAUGAAUAAAGACUAGCAAAUGCUUUUACUCCGGUUUUGUACAGGAAGGCCUAGUGUAAAUGUACAUGGAGAUUUAGAUAAAAGCAUUUGCUAGUCUUUAUUCAUAUCCAUUGUCUAACACCUUGUCUAGUAUUUCUCUUCUCACAAUAUCUUGAAUUUGAUAAACAGCUCUUGGAUUCAUAAAAACUGGAGAGUUAGUCUACUUUGUGUGCUGUGGUUCAGCCUGAGUAGACCUGAAGGACUGUACUUAUUGCCAUUGCAAAGUACAGCAUUUUUCAACAGGACACUUACACAUGAAAAAGAUCAAAGACUUCUGCUAAAUCAAGAUCAAGGGAAAUGUCUCGUCGAAUUACCCCUCUCUGACGAACAAUCUGUCAGCGCACGGGAAAUCUUGAAAAAAACACACAAAGAUACGCCCAGUCAUCGCCAUGGCAACUACACCAAAUAUGGUUAACACAAAUCCACCUGUGAUUCAUGUUGCUGCAUCUCGUCAUUCUUGUGAUGCAACCAAGAUGUGGUUAGCAUGACAAAGGACACAUUCAAACUGACUCCAUUUUUUUACUCCUUUUUUCUCCGUUUCUGGUAAUUGAUAAAUAUUGAAUUUUCGAUGGUUGAGCAAAGGACAGGUUUUAACUGCCGUACAUCUUAACAACCAAGGUGGCUAUUUACUGUGGUGCAUGAUAAACAAUCAAUUGAUUAUAUGGUUUCUAUAGAUUUUCUUGAUCUUUUUGUGGCAAAGGCCCGUGUCUACAGUUGUCAGAUGAAGCUACAUGUAGUGCUGGUCUCGUUUAUUGAUAGCACCCUACCAACACACGGUGAUAACCCGUCAACUCACAAGGGGGAAUUUCUGCUGACAUUCCAGUUUGCAUUUCAUUUUUCAUGACCCCCUUCACUGGGUUAUGGGUCCGACGGCUCAAUGUAAAGAUUCACAAGUCAUAUGUUCUCCAUCUCAUCAACUAAGAGCCUUGGGGGAACUUUUAGCUGUUUGAUAUUCAAAGCGGACCUAACUGUUGUUCUUCCUAGCAGACUCAACCAGUUUGAACGAGACAUGAGGUAAACUUUUCUUACCACUGUAGAUUAACAUCUCAAUCUGGGUUUGUUAGUUACGAUUUGUACCAACAAAUUUUUGGGGAUGACUUUUGAAAAACUGUUUGAAAAGCGUAUUGGGUGUUAAGUUUGAAUUGACACUGUGCGUUUCUCUGCUUAAGUCAUUUGUGGAGAAGACAAUUUCAGGCUGGAUGUAACCUGUUCAUCAUCGGGGUUUCAGUAAGUCAGGUUUUCCAGGUGCAUUUUGCCCUGUUUUCUCUUCAUGGUCAAUAUUGUAUGAGUAUUAUAGUUCUUGACAGAGAACACAUUAGGUUUGAAUGUUCACUUGGAUCAUGAUACUUGGAAGGGCUAUGUCACAUGCCCAAUGUUGGCUUCGUGUAGUUUUUGCCAAGUCAAAAUCAACUUGAUUUUUUUCCAGAUUACAAUUAGCAAUAUUUACCGUGGUUUUUCAGGUGCAUUUUGCACUGUAUGAAUCAUAUCAAGAUGUAUAAAUCGCUUUGUAGUGGAUUCCAUUUGAAUUGGUCAGGAGCAUUUGCUGCUUUCAAAAUGGCAGCACCAGGCCAGGUGCUGUCCCAGCUCGGCUCCUGACCGAGUUAUUAGAAAGUCAUUCUAGCGUCAGUGGGGUCAUUUAUUUUUUUCAUCGCAGUAUUAAUCUGAUUUGAAAUCAUUGGUGUAAUGUUUUAUUUAUUGAUGUGUUGAUUUAUAGAUUUUGAAGACAGAAUCUGAACUACAGAGUACAUCGUGGUAUUUGAAAAUGCUUUAACCGCUGAUGAGUCAUCGUAACUUAGUUGGCCUUGCCAAGAACACGACCCAUAAAGUUUAUCACAAGUUUCUACGAGCUUUCCCAGUUCUGGCAAAAGAUGUCAUUCCGUUCGAAACAUGUACUCGAAAUCAGAACUUUUGAUUCCAGUGAUUGGCCCCCACCCACUUUGUCUUGCCACCCCUCCAUAAUGAAUAGUGGACUAGCCCUGGAGAAGUAUUCUACAUCAUUGUUUUUCCUGUCAACUUAAAAAUUUGUGUUGAAAUACUGCGUUGUUUAUUUUCCUCUUCUUCCCACUUGUAUUCAGUCAGCCAUUUGAAUAAAAUUGGGUUCCAUCUGAAUUUAAAUUAUAUUCAAACGGUUUCAAGUUCAAUUUUUAUUAUUUGAAAAUGACUUGAAUCAUAUUUUAUGGUUGUGUAUUCUUUAAGUUGAGCCAUCAUUUCUGAUUAAGAAUUUGAAUUGUGACUUCCCACAUCGCUAUCAUAUUGAUAGCGGUAUUUAUCCCGCUGGACCAUAAUCAUGUCGCCAACCGUCGUCAUUUCUACUGUAUAAAUGUAACUUUUUUAUUGCUGCAAAACGUGUAUAACGUAGGGUGAAACCUGCUUGCUUGUAUUCUAUGUACAGCCACCGUACGCCCCCUGGUGGACAUACAUGGUAUGAUGGGAACCAGGUGUUCCUGGAUCAGUGUAUGAAUAAAGCGCUGCUCUGCCUCUUCACAAGAUAUUAAUACCUUCACUUGAUCCGACUCUCUGCUGGUUUGCAUGAAAAUUCAAGUGGACAAUUAACCUCAAGCCAAGUUUUCGGAAAGGUUGUUUAUUUUUUCGGUUGAUCGUUAUCAAGUUGGUCAAAGUCAUAGACUGGCGUCGUGAAUCCUGUGCAUAGACAUUUUGAAAUUAAACUUCUGUAAAGCUAAUUUAGAAGAAAAAAAUGAUUUGACCAAAUUUUCCCCUGGGAACUUUUGACUUUGGUCUUGUCAUUUGCAGACCCCUCCAGUUUUGCUCAAGCCCGACAAUUUCUAUUUCUUCAGUUCCCUCUCUAACAAUCUUAAAUGCUUGAUUUUGGUUAUUCUUUGGUGUUGGUUAACUGUAGUGUUGCCAUGGUAACCGACUGUUCUUGGUGGCAGGUAUUUUCACUUGGAUCACGUGAAGGUGUUUGAGGGACAUUUAGUGUAAUACCCAGGUGUUCUUUACUAGUGACUGUGGGGACAAAACUUAUCAGGCAGUCUUUGGUACUGCACCAUGUAUGUGUGAAAUACCACAGGCAUUCAUUCUUACAAUUACAUCCCAAGUUGCUUAUCAAGUAUCCCCCUGGUGAUUUCUGUCCUGUUAGGUUGGUCAUGACGGAAAAUACAUGUGUUGUCGUCAGAGUUUGUUUUAUUGUUGAUUCAACUCUGUUAGCAAUCAUAUGAUUUUACUUGAACCGACCCAUGUGUUAGGCAGAGCAGUGCAGUGUCUUGGGUCAUAAAAAAUUAAAAAGUAAAAAAAAGUCAACCUCAGGUAGAUCUGGGAAGCUUAUGGUGCUCUAGGAGCAUGUUUCGUUUCGCCGUGUUGUCAAGAGGAGGACAUCUUCUGAGUAGAGGGUUCCUUUUGUCCACGAGUUAUUGAAUUUGAUUAUUUAUUGUAAUAUUUAAAAUGAAAUGUUGAGGUCCUUAUUUAUUUGAUUGAAUUCUGUUUGUCUUCAAACACCGAGAUUUGACUUUUUUCGCAUCAAAAUCAUGCAAUUUGGAACCCUGCAAUUCAGAAGUGUUCAGAUUUGAACCUCUUGCAUAACAAUUUAGGAUGUGUUUAUUCAAAAUUUAGUGAAAUUUUCAUUUUAAAAUUGUAGUGUAAAGUAUCAAAUUUAUUCAAGAGAAAAGUCCAAAUUGAAUGUUAAAGGAAGUUCAGUUUCAAUGUUUUCCGGUUUACUCAGUGGUUCUGAAUGAAUUUAAUUUAUGACUCCAGGAACUUUUGUAAACAGUUUGAGCCAUUUUGGUCUGAUUUUACUUCCAUUUAGUGUUGGAAAAUAUUACCUGUUUCCACUGAAUGCUUUCUGCUGUUUCUUUAUCAUGAUUGAAAAGUUCCAAUUUUUAAAGCUUUUGCAACCCGUCAUUUGAGUCCUUUUUCAAAUAAUCCUGCAGAUUUAUGCUUCUGUAGUUAUUCAUUUGUCAUGGGGAAGGGUACUUUUGUGAAUUGUUUAGAAAUUAGAAUUUAGAAUUUAGAAUUUAGAAAAUCCAGGGAACCGUAUAUUCCCGUUCGAUAUCAUUGUUUGAUUAUGCAAAUUUCCAAGAUUUUUCGAGAGUGAUGUAGUGUUGUGAAGUUUCCAGUUUCCAGUUUCCAAGUUUCAGCACACUUUGUUUGCUGACUAAGAUAUAUUUCACGUAUUUUAUUUCCAUUCCAUAAUGAUGUCAACUAUUGAGGACUGGGUCAUUUCUGACAGAGAAAGAAACCUUCUGAAAUGAUAUCCUAAAAAGUCAUUGAAACUUUAGGAAAAGAAUACCAUUGAAUUGCUCAUUUCCGGAGCUGUUAAUUUAGUACUCGUAUUUAUUGUACUUCGUCAACAUCAAAAUACACUUUAGACAGAAGUAUCCCAAUCCUCAAUGGUUUAAAGCAUGAUAUCCACCCCAACACAGACCAAAUGGACCCUUUGAUCUCCAUAAAUCUAUCACUAAGUGGUCUAAUUCAUUAUAUCAUAGGGGUGCUAGGUAGAUAACUUUCUUCAUUUACAUUCUUAUUUAUGUUUCAUUUUUGUGCUGUAGCUUCCAUUUUCUGAAGAAAGGGCAAGAGUGUGAUGAUGCCUCUAGUUGCUUGAACAUUCAUAAGAGUUUCUCUGAUCUGACCCCACUGGUCAGACAGGUGUAAGUUAAUACAAGUAACAAGCUUUAACUUUGCAGACUUCCUGUGGUCAUUUCCAGGCGAAAGUCUUUGUAACUCAUGCUGUAGACCGCCAAAUGUUCACCGAGCUCUAAUUUACAUAUUUUCGUUUGGUGACGAAAUUUUACAUUUGCUGCUGAAAUUCAAUGGUCAAUGAAUUAUAGAGAGGAAAUUUCUGCAAUUUCUAAUAAUAUGGUUUACAGUUGUCAGUCAACCAAUCUCUGAAGUUAUAUAUAAAGGUCACUUGAUUUAGGUCGUCUCUAGCAUGCACAAGAGAAACACAAAGUCUAUCCUUAAAAGUAGGUCAGUUGGUUUAGGUCGUCUCCAGCAUGCACAAGAGAAACACAGAGUCUAUCCUUAAAAGUAGGUCAGUUGGUGUAGGUCGUCUCUAGCAUGCACAAGAGAAACACAGAGUCUAUCCUUAAAAGUAGGUCAGUUGGUUUAGGUCGUCUCUAGCAUGUACAAGAGAAACACAGAGUCGAUCCUUAAAAGUAGGUCAUUUGGUUUAGGUCGUCUCCAGCAUGCACAAGAGAAACACAAAGUCUAUCCUUAAAAGUAGGUCAUUUGGUUUAGGUCGUCUCUAGCAUGCACAAGAGAAACACAAAGUCUAUCCUAAAAGUAGGUCAGUUGGUGUAGGUCGUCUCUAGCAUGCACAAGAGAAACACAAAGUCUAUCCUUAAAAGUAGGUCAUUUGGUUUAGGUCGUCUCUAGCAUGCACAAGAGAAACACAGUCUAUCCGGAGUUGUUGCAAUGGAUGUGGUGGUUUCAAUUCUUGUCCAAAACUCCUCAUAAUAAUUGUUCUAUAUAAAAACAUACAGAACUGUUCUUGUUUGUGUUGAUUCUGGUCAAAUUCUUAUUAUGAUAUAGGAAAUCCUUUGCCCACACUACAUGUACGAGUUUUGAAGUUAGAAAAAGUGAUCUUUCAAAUCAUCUCCAAGAGUUCACCUCUUCCUUAGAAUUUGUCAUUUAAACUAUUGCUAUUGUGAUUCUUAUGAAGCGAUUUAUUGAGUUACUUGACGCGUCUUGUUGUGUUGAUUCUGCUAGUCUUCUGCUUGUAUUUCUAUGUCUUGUCUAUGCAAAACUAUGCAAAUUUUCUCAGAGCGACAUAACCUUCAUCCCAGCAGCGUCCAUUUUCACAGUGUGCUGCCAUAACUUUGACGCAAGACAGGUUAUAGGACUUUGUUAGAUAGAAAUGGCACUUCUUGAUUCUUUUGUAAAUGAUUUUUUCCUGUAAAUAAGGUGUAAAUUUGAUGAUAACCAUGUUCCAAAUGAUUUCUCUCAAUAAUACCUUGAUGUAAACAUGUCCUCUUUGAUAGUAUGUUCGUCCAUUGUUAACAUGGACUGGUUUGAUCAGACAGAUCUUGUUCUAUUGAGAGAAAUUCCUCUUCUGGCCAAAAGAACUUCAAACCAAAGGACAAUGGCAUUUAGUUUUAUUUGCCUCCCUCCGCCUAACCAAUGGGACCUCCACUCGGCAGGAGAGAUUCUCAGAAGCGCCCCAAAAUGCUGCCUAAUGUCAGGAGACGUACCAGCAAGGUGACGCAAUCUGCACUCUUCAGAUAGUCUGACCGAUUUAUGAACAGUAUACGAUAGACUGCUUCAAGGUCUUCACAUGUCCUGUUUGGCAUUUCAAUUUUUUUGGCCAGAACUUGAAAAGAGGUUACAACAUUGAUACAGAACAUAACCUUUAUGAUUUGAGGCAUUUAGAACAUGGUAGUUUUGAUUAAAUGGUAACUUUGAAGGUAGGGCAGUUGGCUUUUUUUGUUUGAACUCUGUUUAAGUUAUUAGUAAAGUUUGCUUUGAGUUUCGCUAACUGUAAAUAGAAUGUCGAACAGAAUUUAGCUCAGAUAUCACUGGUCAAACCUGAGCUGACCAAUUCUCUUCCUCACCAGCCUUACCACUAGAUUGUACCUGCAUUAGAUUUACUUGUGCCAAAAACUUAAUUAGUUGAUUAAACUCCUGAGUAUUAUAGUUAUGAAGCAUACUGGUUCAUCAAAUUAAACCAGCAUACUGUAACCAGGUAAUGUUUGCGACUGUUCUAUUUGCGCGAUUUGGGAGCUAAUGCAAACUUAAAUCAAGUGAUAAUUUCAACUCAACUGCAAUAAUCAUUAAUUUUGCCAGCAAACACGAAGUAAGGUUGACAUACUCGGUUUGCAGUGUUUAUUUUGAUGAACCAGUGUGUUAAAGUAGCUCAAACUCUGUACUGGUUUGCAGUGAUGAAUGAAGCCAUUCGGGUAGCUAUAAUUUGAUAGAACUUUGCUACUCUCAAUCCUGCAUGAUAUUUUUUACCUUUGAUUUAAAGGAAAUGUUCCUUGAACUGAUUUCUUCCUGAAGUAUGAUAGUGAACCCUUCAAGGACAGGCAGGAAUAGAAUACUUGAGAAAGAGAUUGCAGUUGACAUUUGUUUCCUUAUUGUGUAGUGCAUCAAGGUGAUAUAAUUCACCCUGAACAAGAUGCAGUGUUUCACAUUUUGACAUUUGUUUUAGUGCCAUGACUUCCUUUGUUCGUUGCCUGCAGUCCUUGAGAGGUUAACGUAUGCGGAGUGUUCUCUUGAUCCUGACAAGUGCAGUGUGUUCCAAUACUUAAUCACUGCUCUGUCAAGGUCAAUCAUAAUGUAACACUAUCUUAUGAAAUAAAUCUUUAGGAUAUUAA